AUGAGACCCUUCCCAAAGCCCAGAGCCGCUAUAAGCAAUUGCUCCGCAACUGCCCUUAUCAUGAGGUCCCUGACUUCAUGGAGCUGCAGAUUUCUAUUUAGGAAUCACUCUAGAGUUAAGGAUGUCCUUGGAUGUUGCGGCAGCCUGUCAGUUCAAAUUAAAGAGCUGUCUAAGCUCGUGAAGCAGAACCUGAGUAACAAAGGAAAACAGACAGUAAAUGAGGCCACGGUCACUGAGAAGUGCGCCUAUGUAAACCAAUCGAGACCGCAGGUUGCUGAGAGCUCAUCUGAGAAGACUCAGAACCCAACGGAGGAUGAAGUUAGACAAAUUUCAAUCGAUGAAAAUGGUCCAUCCCAGCCGCGAGCUAUACCAGCCACUCGAGUACCUGAACAGAACGAAAAGGGUCUCGCUCAGUCUGUGGCUAGGGUUCCUUUUCCUAUCUGGUUUGGGAAGAAGGAUGGCUCCAAGGAUUUUGAUAAGUUUCGGGCAUUUCCAGAUGAAGCUGCAGCGGUGCAACUGGAGAGUGUGUGCAUUGCCGUAUUUAAGGAGGACCUCCCGAAGAAAUUAAGCGAUCCUGGGAGUUUUAUCAUGAUUUUUACUAUUGGCAAUCUAGAACCGAUUAGGGCAUUAUGUGAUUUAGGAACUAGUAUCAAUCUUAUCCCUUCUUCACUUUUUAGUAAAUUAGGGCUUUAUGAGUUAGAAGCAUGGAGAACUGUAAUACAGCUUGCAGAUAAAUCAAUAAGACUUCCGAAAGGAAUUAUUCGUGAUGUAUUAGUGCAAUUGGCCUUAAGUGUUUCUCAAGAAGAAAAUUGUGAUUUUAUUGAUGAGUUAAAUGAAUUAUCAACUUUUGAGAACUAUAUGACACUUGAAACUCUGGAAGAAAUUUCAGAUAAUUGA